AUGCGACCUCUCUCAGUGCAGGGACUCAUUUGGCUCCUCAUCAUCAGAUGGGUUUCGAUUGUUGUAUUCGCCCAUGAAAACAUCGAACGCUGCUGCAAGGAACUUUCCUUGACUCUCGAUGUCGCCAUUCCUGGUUCACAGCACUAUGACUCUCAUUCGAGCACCUACUUCUCGCUUGACCAGGGGGGCAUGCAACCGGCUUGCGUGGUCUUUCCCUCGAAUGCCUCCCAAGUAUCUACGGCCGUAUCUGUAGCUGCACGCCAUGGGUGUCAGUUUGCAGUCACAAGUGGAGGUCAUAUGGCCUGGGUUGGUGCAUCUAACAUCGGUACCGAAGGAUUUGCCGUUGAUCUCGCAAACAUCAACACGAUUGCCAUCUCCGACAAUGGCGGUAGUGUCACUCUAGGCUCCGGGUUACGCUGGAAAGAUGUAUACGACUAUCUUGAGCCUCUCAAUCUCACUACGGUUGGCGGUCGGGUGCCGAGUGUUGGAGUCGGAGGAUUUAUCGUUGGUGGAGGCAUCUCGUUCCUCUCGUUUCGGCACGGGUUCGCCAGUUCGAACGUUAUCAACUACGAAGUUGUCCUUUCAUCGGGAGAAAUCGUCAACGCCAACUCAACGAGCCACCCCACCCUUUACUGGGCUCUCAAACUUGGCAGUACCAACUUUGGGAUCGUCACGCAAUUCACCAUGUCUGUGUUCCCCAUAGACAGCGUCUUUGGUGGCGCCCAGGUCUUCGCGAUAGAAGAAUCUUCAUCACUGGUGUUCUCCCUAGUCCAAUCGUUGGGCUCCUUGAAUGAAAAUCCCGAUCAAUCACUCGCAGUGCUUCUCACAUGGUCUGCUGCUACGCAGCAAUACGUCGUUUGGGUCCCACGCAUCCAGAUGGACACCUCGAGUGUACCGCCGCCACUGGUAUCCGCUUCGCCACUGCUCAAUACUCUCAGGAAAACCAAACUGAGCAACAUCUUUGCAGAGUGGUCUGGCGAGGAGUCUGCAACUCGCGGGUACAACCAGUGGCUCUCCCUGACUAUCAAGGUAGAUAGUCAACUCCCGCUAGAUAUCUUUUCGAAGGGCCAAGAGUUGUUUAGACCCAUAAUCGAACGAGCUGGAUGCCAUUGGGGUUUAGGUGUCCAGCCACUUUCGCGACGAAUGAUUCGAGCGAACGCGGAAAGGAACGGUGGUAGUCCGUCCUCGUUGUCCUUUGAUGAAGACUUAUUCGUUUUGAUAUUCAUGUCCUCGUGGACGGAUCCUGUCGAUGGAGAAGGAAUGCGUGCUGCGAUUCGACAGCUGGCAGGGUGGUCUGAGCAGGAGGCUAUUAAGAAGGAGCUGCUAGAAGAUUUUGUUUAUAUGAACUACGCUUCGGGCGAGCAGGACGCUCUCAUGAGGUCUAUCAGCGCAGAAAGUCUCUCUCGCAUGUUGGAUGUCCAGAAGCAGUACGAUCCUGGCAACGUUUUUGGGACGCUUUGGUCGGGAGGGUUCAAGUUACGAGACUCAAACGUAGUUACUGGAACUGGUCGGGACACCUCAGAACUAUAG